AUGAUGAUAUGCACAAAAAAAUCAGAGAAAGCAAAUAAAAACCAAGAAAUUGAUGUUUAAUGUGCUUAGUUGGAGGGAAUAAUCUUUUUACUAAGAAAUUUAUAAAAAGAUUUAGAUUAUAUUCAAGAUCUACAAAACAAAGAGAUUGUAGAAUCAAAACAUAAUAAAAUUUCAUCUGAUCAAGAAAAAAUUUUGAGUAUCAGUUCUUUGUAAUUAUUAGAAAUAUCUAAAUCUAUUAAACGACAGAAUAAUCUUUAUGAAAACUUCAAGACAAAAAAAAAACAGUUCAAAAGUAAGAACGACCUAAAAAUUUUUAGGAAAGAAAAUAAUUAGAAAAGGGAGACAAGAGAAAUAUAAUAAACCUUCAUCAGCCAAAUGA